AGGAUUGGGCACCCCUGCUCCAGUGUAUCCCUGGUUUCUGCUGGACAUGUAAAUAAGGGUUUGCUAGCAAGCUUGGUGUACACUGUGCAGUAUCAGUCACUUGCUUGUAUCCUUAUGACUAUAGGAGCUGUGCUACCAGUGUAUGCAGUGGACCCAAAGAAAUGUACCAGUGUACCUGAGGGGACAGCAGCAGGCAGAUGAGAGAGCACUGGAGAAACUCCUAUUGCUUAAACAACAAGAGAGGGACGAGCAGUACAUGGAGGAAGAACAGGUGAAACUGAAAGAACGGCGUGAAAGAGCGAAGCAGGUGGCUGCAUUCAACCUUCAAAUGUCAGAGAAGGAGCUGGCUCCGCUUCAUAAUUCGUUCAUCUUCCCGGCUCGGCCACUCACGCCUCCCAGGAGUAUCCAGCAGCAUCGUUACAUGAACGAGCUUCAGAUUCAAAGAGACAGACGACAGAAAUUCAAGGCUCAAGGCGAACAGGAACGUCGUUUCAUGGAGUGUUUAGACCAGAUACAUCUGACUAAGGGGGUAGCUUUGCAGCAAGCUCAACAACUCCAACGUAAACGGGAAAAGGCUGAGCAAUACAAGAGAGCUCUGGACACCCAGAUGUCUGAAAAGAAGUGCACAGAACCUCCAGAUUGCCACCCUGACAGCUCCACGUUCAGCCGCUGCGAGAAAGCAGCGUGCAAAGCAGAAAGCCGCGAAAGGGCACAGAAGAUCUUCCAGGUAAAUUUUAGUGCUGCCACCGAGAGAACGAAAGAACUGCACAACCAUCAGGCACAGCUGGAGAAGGAAAAGGAGAUGCUGAGACGCAAUUAAAUGGAGCUAAUGCACGAUCGUAUCAGACGCUUUGAGAAGAUGCAGGUCAUCAGCAAGUCGCUAAAGGAAGACUGGAGUCGCAGUGUGAAGCACAAAUACCAGGAAGAGGAAGACGAGAG